UACCAAUUUGCGUUGAUUUUGCGAACAUUACAGUUUGCUUCGGACCGCUCUUUGCCGUAGUUGGUGUCGUUGACUGAAGCAGUAAAUGUCAGUGUUCGAAUCGAGUUCCAUCAAAGCAUAAAACCAUACGCAAUAAUACAGUGUCAGAUGAACGAUGGAUCAUAACAAUUACCAGAACUAUCAAGGUUCAUUACGAGCACUUCUCAACCAAGCACUUGUUGAGGGUUUGAAACGUAAUGAAAUUCAGGUUAAAACAUGGAGGAAUUAUAAAAAAGCUCAUGAAAAAGUUAGAAAAGGACUUGAAGUCUUACCCCAGGAGCUGACAACAAACUGUAUGGUUCCUAUCGGCCCAAAAGCACUUAUGAAGGGAAAACUAGUCCACACAAACGAAAUACUAGUUUGCCUGGGUGAAGGAUACUUUGUCAAAUAUAGUGCAAUGCAAGCCAUUGCCCUUUGCAAUCGUAGAAUUAAACAGGCUGAUGAAAUGCUGACCAACCUUGAGAAGGAACAAAAUUUACUCGAAAUGAGACAAUCAUUGCCUUUGGAUUAUGAUAUUUUUGGCAAUGAGGAGCAACAGGAAAUCAUAGAAGAUUAUGAUGAAGAGGCAGAAAAGGAAUGGAGAAUCAAACAUAGGCAGCGAGAGAAGGAAUACAGACACAAACUUGCGCAACUUCGAAAGCAGAAAAAAACUGAUAUUCAAUCUGAAGAAGAUUUAUGGCAGAGGUUAGAUGAACUCGAACUUGAAGAAGAAUUAGAAGAUGAAAUUGAUAGGUUAAACAUUGAUGACUGUAAUUACUAUGGUGGAGAUACUCAGGAUGAUAGCGAGUCUUAUGAGGAGGAAGACUGUGACUUCUCUGAAGAUGAGGUGGGUGACGAUAUGAUUCAGGAAAGGCUAACCAAAUUGAGAAAAAAUAAAAUAUCCAAACAUCAAAAAGACUUGUUUGAGAAAGAAAAUUUUAACAAAGAAGCUGGUCAGUUAUCAGUUAUCGAAAUUCCAAAUUGCACUGCUCUUACAUCAACUGGUACUUCAGAUACGAGUGUAGUUGAAGUAAAAUCUGGCAGCAGCAUGAACGAUGCAAAUAAGUAUGAUUAUUCACAUCAUUUGUCAAUGAAACCUAGCUCCGAAUUAUUGCCUGAAGAAAAUGACCAAAAUAUUUCGAGUAAUAGAGCAGUAACUUUUCCAAGCAUCAGCAAAGGUCAUUGCCCAGAUUCAACCGAUGUAGAGAACACUGAUUCGAAUGAAUAUUUUAGCCAGAGUGGAGAUGAUAUCGAUAAAGAUGAUCUUGCUGUUAAUGCCGAAACAAACAAACGCCGUGUCUCGUUUACGGAUAAGAUGCAAGUGAAUAUAUUUGAACAGUCAGGACAUCAUACUGUGUUUGAAUCUCAAAUAAAGGAAUCAGAAUCAUCUAGUGAGUCUGACAUAGAGGAUGAUAUUGAAAAGUCGAAUAUUAUCGAAGAUAUGAUUUCCGUUGGGGCAGAUUUUCCUUCUGAUGAACCAACUGAAGAUUCUAUAGAAAAUUCGGAUGACACAGAUGAUAUUAUCAGGAUUGACGUCAAGCAUUCGAAUAAACCUGGUAUGGGUGUGAAGUUACGUCGGAAAGAUUUAAUUGAAGAUCCCUCUGAUAUACACAGGAUAUUCGGUAAUCCAAAAUCGAUCUUGAAGAAGUCAUCGAGUGAUCUUAGUUAUUUGCAAAAUAUUACUCCAUCGUCAGAUAGUGCUUUUGAUGAAGAGUCAAACAAACCAGUCUUUGGAACAUCUUACACCAUCAUGGUUAAAGAUGUAGAGGAGAAAAAACCUGAAGUAUUUGAGAUGAGCAAUUCUUCUAAUAAAGGGAGACCACUGAGCAGAUUUAGAAUGUCUCGAUCGGGCAUGAAACAUUAAAAACUGAAUCUGUGGCGAAAUAAAUUCAAAUUAUGUCACAGUUAAAGAGAUCCUAACAACCACUCCCUGUAAAAAUAAAUUUUAUUUUGAAAAAACCAA